AUGGCACUCUGUCUUGCACCUACGCUCGAGUUCGAAAAUGAGGACGACGCCACUCAGUUUCUCGCUCUAAUCCACGACAUCUACCAAUUCACGUACCAGAAUGAGGAGCAUUGUUCCGCAUAUUGCUGGUUCCGAGAUGUGGCCGAUCCACGCUCUGUACAGGGAUUUGAGUUCUACGACAACGAGGACGGCCUCGCCGUCACUCACCGGGCGUCCAGACCUUAUAAGAAAAUGAGGCAGUUCAUAGCUGGUCUACAAGAGACAGACCCAACGCUGUUGAAAUUCCCCCCACUGUUACUUCUAACUCCGGUCGAGGGCUUUGUGAAUAACAAUGGUGCCCUACACUUUGAGCAUCAGCCUUGCAAGCUUCGAGUCACAACAAUAAAGCUCUGCACCACUCAUGAAUCUUCUAGCGCCACAGCUGCGCAGUUUACGGCAUGUUUGAAAAGCCUUGCUCAGGAUCUUCACAGAACCGCCACAGGACUAGCAUGUCAUACGGCUGUGGCUGAGGAAAGGGGGAAUGAGGAUGAUAAAGGACCAACCCCCGGGCUUUCUACAACCCUUCACCUUUUAUUUGUUGAGUGUUAUUCGGAGGAGGGCUAUCUUGCGCAGCAGGAGCAAAACUAUUUAUGCCUGUAA